UUGAUUUCAUGAUGGCUAUCGACUAAGUAAUUUUUUUAGUUUCUUUUCUUUGAUUUGCCUAGGACCAGGAGGAUAUAGAUAAUUUUUUGUUGAAAGGGAAACGACCAACACCAGAUAGUAACGUGGCAGGGACUUCAAGGCCAGUUAGACCAAGACAAGAUCUUGCAUCAAAUAUUGGUACUACUCCUCCGCCUCCGGUAGAAAUUAACUUAGAUGCACUUCCUCAUGAUCCAGCUGAUCGAAAAAGAAUAGGGCAGUACACAAAGAAUCCUAAGAAGCAAGAUGAGAUUAGAAUAAUAUAUUUAAAUAGAGGACCUUACAGACCACAAGAAGGCUUUAAAUAUCCUCAGAAAACCAUCGCAGGAGCUGAACAGAGAUUUAGUCCAAAAUGGUUUAAAGACUAUCAUUGGCUAGAGUACAGUGAUAAGGUGCAUAAGGCAUUUUGCUUGUGUUGCUAUCUAUUUAGAGAUUGCAUCGAUGGCCAAGGUGGUAAUGAUGCAUUUGUUGUUAAAGGUUUCUCUUGUUGGAAUAAGAAGCAAAGACUAGAUACUCAUGAGGAUGAAGUUAAUAGCUUUCACAAUGUAGCUGUUAAAAGAUGCGAUGCUUUAAUGAAUCAAAAUCAUUCCAUUAAGGUUGACCUCGACAAGCAAACUGAUAUCACAAAGAAGCAAAACCGCAUUCGGCUGAAUACCUCUGUUGAAUCGGUUAGAUACUUGCUACAUCAAGGUUUAGCUUUCCGUGGCAAUGAUGAAUCGGAGGAUUCAAAAAAUAAGGGGAAUUUUCAAGAGUUGGUACAAACAUUAGCAAAUCAGAAUGAGGAUGUAAGAAAGGUAGUCCUUCAGAAUGCUCCACAAAAUUGCAAAUGGGUGUGUCCAGAUAUUCAAAAAGAUCUUGUGAGUUAUUUUGCCAAGAUAACGUUGGAUUAUAUUCUUGAAGAGAUUGGUGGUGAUGUUUUCAGUUUAUUGAUUGAUGAGGCUUCGGAUGUGUCAGAUAAAGAACAGAUGGCUGUUGUCUUGAGAUAUGUUGACAAGCUUGGACUGAUCCUGGAACGUUUAGUUGGAGUUGUACAUGUGAGUGAAACAUCUGCAAUGUGUCUCAAGUCAGCUCUCGAAAAAUUGCUUGCUAAAAUUGGAUUAAGCUUCAAACAAGUUAGAGGGCAAUGUUAUGACGGCGCAAGCAACAUGCGCGGUGAGUUCAAUGGAUUGAAAGCCAAAAUUCUGGAAGAGAAUAAGUCAGCAUAUUAUGUGCAUUGUUUUGCUCACCAACUUCAAUUGGUUAUAGUGGCGAUUUCAAAGAAGAAUGAAGAUAUUGCGGAUUUCUUUUAUAUGAUCUCUCUUCUAUUUAAUGUGGUCGGAGCUUCUUGCAAAAGAAAAGACAUGAUCAGAGAGAGUAACCGAGAAAAUGUAAAAAAAUCCAUAAGUAGUGGACGAAUUAGUACUGGCACAGGGCUAAAUCAAGACCAAUCACUUCAAAGGGCUGGAGACACCCGUUGGGGUUCUCACUAUAGAACCCUCUCAAGCUUAAUCCAGCUGUUCCCAUCAAUUGUUAGUGUCUUGAAUUAUGUAGCAAAAGAAGGCAAGAAGGAUUCCAAGAAAAGUGAAGCACGUGGCCUUCUAUCAUAUUUUGGAACCUUUGAUUUUGUGUUCUAUUUGCACAUGAUGUUCCAUAUAUUAGGGAGUGCCAAUACUUUGUCACAUGCAUUGCAACAAAAGGAUCAAGAUAUCUUGAAUGCCAUGUCAUGUGUGAAGUCAACACGGAAUGAUCUACAACAACUAAGAGAUGAUGGAUGGGAAUCACUUCUAGAGAAGGUAUAUUCAUUCUGUGAAGAACAUGACAUUCCUAAGCUAAACAUGCAUGAUGAAUAUGUCGAUCGGCAUAAGCCAAGAAAAAGAACCAAUAUUACAAAUCUUCAUCAUUACCAAAUAGAGUGCCUUGAUUCUGUUAUUGAUUGGCAACUUCGAGAGUUCGAUGAUAGAUUCAAUGAAGUGAAUUCUGCAUUGCUUAUCCACAUGGCUUCUUUCAACCCAAAAAACUCCUUCGCUGCUUUUAACUUGGAUAGUUUAUUGAAGCUAGCUGAGUUUUAUCCUGAUGAUUUCAAUUCAACACAAUUGAUGAAUCUUGGUCAUGAACUUCGGAUUUUCAUAGACAAUGUCCGAGCGGACCAAAGAUUUGCCAAUUUGGAUGGCAUUGCCGAUCUUGCUAAAGUGUUGGUGGAAACUAAAAAGCAUCUUGCUUUUCCUUUGGUGUAUCAACUUCUCAAGUUGGUGCUAAUUCUGCUAGUUGCCACAGCGUCCGUGGAGAGAUGUUUUUCAGCAAUGAAUAUUGUCAAGAGUGUUUUGCGGAACAAAAUGGGUGACGAGUUCAUGAGUGAUUGCUUGAUUUGCUAUGUGGAGAAAGACAUAUUUUCUACAAUAACGAAUGAUGAUGUGAUUGAUCUGUUUAAGAAGAUGAAAGAUCGAGAAGGGAAGUUAUGAAAUGUGAGUCUCGUAUCACUUUAUUUUCUCCUUAACGAUACUUAUUUUCUGCAUUAUUUGUUUCUUACUAUUGUUGUGAAUUUAAUAUGUUAUUUUGUUCAUCCUUUCCAGAAAUUUAAAAAUGAAACGUUCGAAGUCAUCCUUUUGCCUAUUA